UUAAGUUGUGAAGUAGCUUAUUAAAGUUUAACUUCAAACUGUGACAGUAUUUACAUUCUAAAUAAACCAUUCUUAAAGAUGGAGCUGCCACCUCGACCAACAGUGUUUGACUUCCAUGGAAUCCCCAUGAUCAAAAUGUUUACCGACAACUGGGACAAUGUACAGGACUUCAAAGCAAGACCGGAUGAUAUUCUUAUAGUUACUUAUCCUAAAGCAGGAACCACAUGGACCUCUUAUAUCCUUGAUCUCCUGUAUUUUGGACACAUGGACUCAGACCGUCAAACAUCCAUCCCGAUUAACAGGAGAGUGCCCUUUCUGGAAAUGGCCAAAGCUUCUUUGCCCACAGGUUGGAUCAUGCGAAACUUGAUGAUUGGAUCGUGGUUUGACCAUGUGACCAACUGGUGGGAGAAGAAGCAGACUUAUUCAAACAUUCACUACAUGUUCUAUGAAGAUUUGAGUCAGGACUUAGGACGAGAGGUGGACCAACUGUGUUCCUUCCUUGGUUUGUCUCCUUCAGCUGAAGACAAAGAAAAAUUAAGGACCUCAGUGACGUUUGACAGUAUGAAACAAAAUAAAAUGACCAACUACUCCACUGUCCCAACGAUGAACCAGAAGGUGUCUCCUUUCAUGAGAAAAGGAAAAGUCGGGGACUGGAAGAACCAUUUCACCGUGUCCCAGAAUGAAAAGUUUGAUGAGGUCUACAAGCAGAAAAUGAAGAAUUCUAUACUGAAGUUUCACACUGAAUGUUAAAUUCCUGACUGGGCAUGAUGGAGUCCUGAAGUGUUGUGAUUGAACGCUGCAAAUGAGUUGUUUUAGUUCAUAGGUGAAAUCAACUGAAAAACCUUUGGUAAUCAUUAUUUGUAUAUUAAUCUUAAUGUUCUGUUAAUGAUCAGUUAGUUGCUUAUGUUUGAAUCAUUUUUUCAACAUUUUUACGUGUUUUAUGUUCAGAGUUACAAGCUGACUGUUGCUUAUAGUAUGUGAGAUAUGUCCAUUGUACAACAAGAGCAAAACAUGGAGAUCUCAGGUGUUCUCAGCUACACAGUUUCAACGUGAAGAGUCUCCAAUUGGUCUCUUGCACAUUUCUUUCUGUGCUAUUGUUUUCAGAAUCCCCUUCCCUACAACAUCAACCUCCAUGCUGGCAAAUUAUGACAAAAAGUUGUUUUUGUGUUUCAUACAGGGUAGCUGUGCUACUUCUGUUCCUGUUAAUAAAUAAUUUCUUUUCAAGUGU